AUGGAAUAUUUAUAAGAUCCACUUGGAGAUCGUAUUGUCAAGUCAGUGCCUCUUCCACCCUAAAGACCUUUAGGACUUGAAAAAGGAUAUAGAUUCUCAGAUGAAUUGAAAAAUUUCGUACCAGAUUUUGAAGCUAUAAAGCAGACACUGGAAACUGAAGGAAGACUUGAUAAGCAACUGCUAAUGAAGAUGAUUGGAGAUGUCACUUUAGUUUUAAUUGGAGAUAUACAUGGAUAGUUAUAUGACUUACUCCAUGUCUAUAAGAAAAUUAAGAAGCCGGCAAAGUCCCAUGUCCUAUUUUUAGGUGAUUAUGUCGAUAGAGGCAUUUACUGUCUGAAUAACCCAGACUAAGUAAUAAUGCUGAGAGGAAAUCAUGAGUGCAGAACAAUGACAGAGUUCUUCACAUUCAGAGAUGAGUGCUUGAGGAAGUAUGAUAUUGAAGUGUAUGAUGCCUUUAACGAGGCUUUUGAUUAAUUACCAGUUGCAGCUAUUGUCAACAAUGAUUAUUUCUGUAUGCAUGGCGGUAUUUCUCCACAUCUAAAUUAGAUAGAUGAAAUAAACAACUUAGACAGAGUGGUAGAACCCCCUGCUGAUGGGAUUUUAUGUGACCUACUAUGGUCUGACCCGAUUGACGAUAUCUAUGCAAAUACUACAGAAUUUAAAGACAACAAGGAAAGAGAGUGCUCUUAUUAUUUUGGAAAUAAUCCAGUAAAAGAGCUUCUUAGAGAUAAGGGUUUAGUCUCAGUUAUUAGAGCUCAUUAAGUGCAGCAGGAUGGGUAUAAGAUGCAUAGAUGGAAUGGAAUGUCGAAUUUCCCGUCAGUAAUAACAGUCUUUAGUGCUCCAAACUACUGCGGUACUUAUAGAAACUAGGGUGCAGUUCUUGUCGUUAAAGAUGGUAAAAUGCAGAUCAAACAGUAUUAAGCAACAGAGCCUCCUUAUCACUUGCCUGGAGAUAUCGAUGUACUAUCCUGGAGUAUGCCAUUCCUAGCUGAAAAAGUAGUUAGCAUGCUCUUUUAUAUAGUUGCUAGCAAUCCUGAAUAUACUCCUUCAGCCCACGAAAUAGAAAACAUCGAUUUUUCUAAGCUAGCUUUAAAAGGUUCAGAUAAGAACGAAAAGCAUGAAAUACUCAGGACGAAGGUCAUGUCAAUUGGAAGGAUGGCAAAGAUAUAUAAGUCUUUGAAGGAAAAUAGUGAGAUAUUGAUUGAGAUAAAGGAAAUGUCUACAGACGGUAAGAUACCUAGAGGCCUGUUAUUAUAAGGAAAGGCAGCUAUGAAAGAUACGUUUAAGGAAUUCCUGCUGGCUAGAGUGCUUGAUAGUCAUAAUGAAAAGAGACCAAAUAGGCUGUCUUCUCGCUAGUCUAAUCGGCAAUUGCCUCAAAACCCACCUGCCCCUGUAUAGUAAACUCAGUAGAACUAGCAAGAUGAUCAAAUCAAUACCAUUGUUGAAGAGAAGAUAGUCAAGUCUAGUGGUGAGACUAUAGUUAAAAGGUACUUGAAAGGAAAGUUUCUUGGAAAGGGAGGAUUUGCCAAGUGUUAUGAUUUCACCAGUCUUGAAACUAAAAAGGUCUUAGCUGCUAAGAUAGUACCCAAGGCUUCACUUACUAAGAGCAGAGCUAAGUAAAAGUUAAUGAGUGAGAUCAGAAUCCACAGAUCGCUGCAUCAUACGAAUAUUGUUGGGUUUGAACAUUUUUUCGAAGAUCAAGUUAAUGUCUACAUAUUGCUGGAACUCUGUCAUAAUCAAACAUUGAAUGAAAUGGUAAAAAGGCGAAAAAGACUAACAGAAAUAGAGGCAUAGUGCUAUGCUGUUUAAAUAAUCUCAGCUCUUAAGUAUUUACAUGGCCAUCGAGUCAUUCACAGAGAUCUGAAACUAGGAAAUCUAUUUUUAACUGAUAAAAUGCAGAUCAAAAUUGGGGACUUUGGACUUGCAUCAAAGCUAGACUUUGAGGGAGAGAAAAAGCGUACAGUAUGUGGAACUCCAAACUAUAUAGCCCCUGAGAUAUUAGAAGGAAAAACUGGCCAUUCCUAUGAAGUUGAUGUCUGGUCUUUUGGUGUUAUUCUUUACACUUUGAUUAUUGGAAAGCCGCCUUUUGAAACUUCCGAUGUUAAAACUACCUAUAGAAGAAUAAGAAUGAAUGCUUAUUCUUUCCCUGAUCAUGUGCCGAUAUCUGAAGAGGCUAAAGCCUUGAUUCAGCUUAUUCUGAACCUAGAUCCAACUAAGAGACCUUCAUUAGAUGAAAUCUUAGACCAUAAUUUCUUUCACAUGGGCAACACCAUACCACGACUUAUGCCUGCUUCAACUCUGGCAUGCCCACCUUCAGCUGCAUUAUUAAAGCAAUAUAUCGGUACUGGUGUCAAUCUUGCAGAGUAAAACCUACAAAAGCCCUAGGGGAGAUUCGAAUCGACAGCACCUAUUUAAGCUCAUGGAUAGAGGAAUGCCGAUUUAGCACUCUAAUCAAACGGGUUUAAUGCCACAGAGAAAUUAAAAUCAACUGAUGGUAAAGUAAUAAGUAAUCAGAACAAUAAAGCAUAGAUAAAAGCCAAUUAGAAAAAUGGGCCAGAUGUCUGGGUAAAGAAAUGGGUUGAUUAUUCUUCUAAAUAUGGGCUUGGCUAUCUACUAUCAAACAAUGCUACUGGAGUAUAUUAUAAUGAUUCGACGAAGAUUAUAUUGGAUGCUAAGGGGAAUUAGUUUGACUACCUUGAACGCAAAUCAGCUGAUAAGUAGGAUACAAUGACCACGCAUAGUCUGGCUACUUAUCCAAAAGAGCUUCAAAAGAAAGUCACACUUCUUUAGCAUUUCAGAAGUUACUUAGAAGGCAAUCCUAGUAAAUUAGACAAUGAUGAAGCUAGUAACAACAAUAUCAGUAUACCUUAGAGUGGUGCUCCUAUUUACGUUAAAAAGUGGAUGAGAACUAAGCACGCUAUCAUGUUCAGGCUUUCAAACAAGAUUGUUUAAGUUAACUUUUAAGAUCACACUGAGAUUAUUCUAUGCUCUGAAAGUAGAAUGGUCACAUAUGUCAAUAAAAAGGGAGAGAGGUAGACGUUUUCUCUUUAGAGUGCCUUAGAAUCUUCUAAUCAGGAAAUGACUAAGAGACUGAAGUAUACUAAGGAUAUAUUAACGCAUAUGCUUUCAGCAAAUCAAGCGAAUGUUAAAUCACCUCUAGGCAUUGUCCAAGGCAACAUGGGAGCGACACAGAGCAAAAUGAUGAGCACCAUCUCAUCCUAAAUGAAUCAUUAAUGA